CCCGCACAACCCGGGGCAGCAGCCGCCGUCCCGGCCCGGUCCGCUGCUCCGCUCCGUUCUGCGGUUCCCAUGCUGGGCGGCCCCGCGUCCACCCCCCACCCAUGGCCCGGCUCUCGGUGAAGGAGCACCUGGACGGGAUCCUCAGCGACUUCGAAGCCCUCAAGAAGUCGUUUGAGGCAGAGGAUGCAGGUGAUGCUCCCGGAUCCCCCAUUGUGUCCCCGCUGCCUGUGAGUGCCACCGAGAGCCAUCGGGUGCUGCAGCCCGGCCCUGCACCACACAGCCCAUUGCUGCGGGGUCAGCACCAUGCUGGCCGGGCUCCCGGCAGCAUCGCCUCCUUCCAGAGCCACACGGGGCCGGGCAGUGAUGGUGAGAGCCUGCGCAGCUCCAGCUCCAGCCUGGAGAGCCCUGCGGCCCCCCAGCCUCCUGCAGCCUCCCUGGCUGCCGACCCCUGCUUGAAGAAAGUGCCAUCACACGGCUGCGUCUUCCCAGCGGAAGCAGAAUGUUCCCUGCAUGUGGCUGCCGGGCGCAGCUCGCUGCCAGCACUGGACCUGCACAUCGCCGAGGAGCCAGGCAUCCCCCUGCCAGCCCCACAGCCCACACAGCCAUGGGGUGCCCACAGCCCCGCUGCCCUGCCCCGCACCCACCUGCCUUCCUCCUCCUCCUCAGGUGGUGAGAUGGCCCCAGGGCUGCCCCGCACACAGCUCAGGGUCAGCCUCAGUGCCAGCCCCCGCCUGGCUCGCCCGACCCCCCACACCCUCACCGGCCCUGGUGAGGGGCUGCUUCCCCCAGCUGCCCCCUUCAAGCUGGUGUCACAGCCACAGACGGUGCAGGUGAGCUCCCAGCCUGCCUUCCUCGGGGGGGUGGUGCUGGGGCCGGGCACCCCAGUGGCACUGAGGAACAUCGGCAGCACCAGCCCCAGCAUGGGGACCUGCUUGGUGAUGUCACGAGGGCUCAGCCAGGCUGCAGAUGGAUGCUGUGCCACAGUGACACCGGAGCACGGGAGCAGCCUGGAGCCCCAGGAGCGCAGCAUGGAGGCGGCAGCCGUGCCCCAAGAGUUGCCCCCUGACCAUGGGGUGCACGAGCUGUUUGGGUAUGUGGGGAUCGAGGCCGUGCUCGAGCAGAUGAAAGUGAAGACCAUGAAGAUGGGCUUUGAAUUCAACAUCAUGGUUGUCGGGCAGAGCGGGCUGGGGAAGUCCACCAUGGUGAACACCCUCUUCAAGUCCAAGGUGAGCCGCAAAGCCUCGCAGCCUGGCCAGGAAGAGCGCAUCCCAAAGACGGUGCAGCUGCAAUCGGUCACCCAUGUCAUCGAGGAGAAGGGUGUGAAGAUGAAGCUGACGGUGACGGACACGCCGGGAUUUGGGGACCAGAUCAACAAUGAGAACUGCUGGGACCCCAUCAUCAAGUACAUCAACGAGCAGUACGAGCGGUACCUGCGCGAGGAGAUCCUCAUCACCCGCAAGAGGAAGAUCCCAGACAGCCGGGUGCACGGCUGCGUUUACUUCAUCCCCCCCACGGGGCACUGGCUGCGUCCCCUCGACCUGGAGUUCAUGCGGAGGCUGAGCAAGAUCGUCAACGUGGUGCCAGUGAUUGCCAAGGCUGACACGCUCACUCUGGAGGAGCGGGAGGAGUUCAAGCAGCGGAUCCAGCGGGACCUGAAGGCCCACGCCAUCAGCGUGUACCCGCAGGAGGAUUUCGAUGAGGACCCUGAUGACCGGUUGCUCAAUGAUAGGAUCCGGGAGAAGAUCCCAUUCGCCGUGGUAGGGGCGGAUCAGGAGCACCAGGUGAAUGGCAAACGGGUGCUGGGCCGCAAGACCAAGUGGGGCAUCAUCGAAGUGGAGAACCCUGCACACUGUGAGUUCCCCAUGCUGCGGGACCUGCUCAUCCGGUCCCACCUGCAGGACCUCAAGGACAUCACCCACAACGUGCAUUAUGAGAGUUACCGCGUGCGGCGGCUGAACGAGAGCAACCGGCCGGCGCUGAGCUCCAACAACGGGCUGCCGGGCAGGGAUGAGGACGGGGACGAGAGCAACCUCUGAGCCCUGGAGCCCGACCCC